AUGACUAACCUGACUGCAAGUGUAACAGUUGAGGAGAAAGUGAUUUUAUUUGGGGAAAACUUGAGUCUUCACUUUGAUCAAAAGUAUCCAAAGCAAGAAGACCACUUUAAGAAUGUGGGCAUCAUUGUGGAAUUUCAUGUUCACCACGGGGUUGCUGCUGUUCUUGUUUUGCUGGGAGUCUUUUGGACUCAGACUUCUGCACUGGAUACCUUUCUCCUGAAAGAACCUGGCAGUAACUAUGUCAUUGGAACUAUGACUAUCCACAAUGAGAAGCACGUUGUUGACGUCCAUGUCCGUUCUGGCGUGUACUCCUCUGAUACCAUUUUUGACUACUCGCAUGGGUAUAUUGCAACAAGGUUAUUUUCACAACGUGCCUGCUUUAUCCUGAAAAUAAAUAAGGACUCCAUCCCAGAGUUGCAAGAAAUUGGACGCCUGGCUUUUGAGAAAAAGACUAUGAAGGCAAUAUACUCUCCAAAUAACGUGUGGGCACAGUUUCAAUCUGGCCAUUCCUUGUUUGGGCGUAUCAAAGAGUGGAUUAUCUACGGUAAACCCAUUGAACAACUCUGCAGAGGUCUGCCUCUCUACAAGCUGGUAGAGACUCAACCACCACUGAAUGUUCAUGGCUGUGCCAGUGCAGGAAUUCCAAGCAUUUUGGGCAUUAAAAUCUGUGAAAAAGUCAAUUAGUCUGGAUCUUGA